AUGAAAUCCAUUGUCGAAUGGAGUGACAGUGUGGAAGUAGUCGGUCAAGUCCCCAACCGCAAAGUUGUGGCGAAACGCAAGAUCCAGAGGGGAGAAACUAUUUUGAAGGAAACCCCCGUGUCGACCUUGCUGCAUCCCAAGCAGUGGAGUCUCCGUUGCAAUCAUUGCUUCUGCAAACCCGAGAACAACAACAACAACAACAACAACAACAACAAGCUCCUUCGCUGCAGUCAAUGUCGUCGCUUUUGGUACUGUGGCAAGAAAUGCCAGCAAAGGGAUUGGAAAGCGCACAAGGAGGAAUGCACGGCGCUAUCACAAGACAAACAAGAAGAACAGCAGCCAGAGAGUAGUAGUUUCUAUCAUUGUUUGGCCGAUGCCUUGUUGGUAGCUCGAGUCUUUCGUCUCUCCAAGACCAAUCCGGUCCAAUUCCAACGAGUCAAGGAUCUGGUCUUUCACGAGAAAUGCAUUCAACCCAGUCACUACGAAAUUGCCAAGUUGGUUCUCUCGCUGAACCUGUUGUCUCCCGACCUUAUCGACACAACAACAACAACAACAACCAUGAUGAUUGUCGAACUGUUGGCACGCUUUGAUUCCAACAAUUUUGGCAUUGUCGAUGAUCUUCUCUUCUUUUUGGGCGCGGGAGUUUAUCCCGCCGGAGCCAUUUUGAAUCAUUCUUGCGAACCCAAUUGUGGCAUUUUCUAUCAAUCAUCAACAAGCAGCAAUAAUAAGAAUCUACAAAUCAUCAAAUGCCUCGUCACGGUCGAACGCGGACAAGAACUCUGUCAUUGCUACGUCGAUCUGAGUGGUACGUCGCCGGAGCGACGAGACAAACUCUACCGCACCUACGGCUUUUCUUGUGACUGUAUCCGCUGUCAAGAUCCCACGGGGAAAUGGGCUCGUGCCGAUCAGGUGUUGACGACCACGACCACGUUGGACCAGGACAUGGUCCAAACCAUAAUACAGAAUACGGAACGUCUAUUACAACAAGCUGCCGUGACGGAUGACAUUGCACAAGAAGUCAAUCUGGUACAACAAUGUGUCCAAGCCAGAGCCAAAGUACUGCACCCACGACAUUUGGCAUUGUACAAGGCACGUUCACAACUCCACACAACCCUCAUGGCAGCGGGAGAAUUAUCAUUGGCCACGGAGCAGUGCGCGGAAAUGGUAGAAACCAUGACACAGUGUUUUUAUCCGCCGUAUCAUCCCAUGCUCGCCGUGAUGAUGUACACGUUGGGGAGUCUACAUCACAGUCAAAAUGACCUGCAAAAGGCGAUUGACUGCUACGAAACCGCAUUGCCAGCCAUGGAGGCAUACCAUGGCAAAUACCACAGUUUGCCCAAAGGGUGUCGGGACUAUCUGGAGCAAGCCAAACAAGAAAUGAUGGCAAUAUAAUAGACAUGACAUGAAGUCUUCUACAUGUAGUGUGUCUAGCUAGCUAAAUUGGUAGCUCUUUUGUUUUGUUCAAGCCU